AUGUCUGAACCCACAGAGUCUUCCGAUCCCUUGAAGGUCUCCCGCUUUACCUACCGACAAUUACACGGGUUGCGACACGGAUCCACGGCAACACCCUUGCGCGUCAUUGCACAUAUCGAUCUCGAUGCCUUUUACGCACAAUGUGAGAUGGUCCGCUUGGGAACUCCACGGGAAACACCAUUAGCAGUACGGCAAUGGGAUUCCUUGAUCGCCAUCAAUUACGCCGCGCGGCCCUUCGGAAUCAGUCGAUUGAUCACUGUUGCGGAAGCCAGGAAACUUUGCCCAGAGCUUGUCUUACAACAUGUCGCGACUUUUCGAGAAGGCGAGGGAGGCCGGUGGGCAUAUCGGGAUGAUUCAUACAAGAACAUCAGUACAGACAAGGUGUCCCUCGAUCCAUACCGAGCAGAGUCGCGAAAGAUCCUCCAGACAAUGAAGGAUGCUCUGGCCACAUGGAGUGUUGACGAUUCGGAAGUCGAAACCCAGCAUCCGAAGCAAGAAUUCUCAGCCGCGGUGGAGAAAGCCAGUAUUGAUGAAGUGUUCAUUGAUCUGUCUCCAUUGAUAUACAGGGUGCUUCUUCGGAGAUAUCCGGAGCUUCGGGCGGGCGCGCACGAUGAGAAUCGCGAUGCAGAGCUGCCUAUCCCACCGACUACAGCAUUGCAGUGGGAUACAGAUUGCUUGAUUGAUCUGGACCAGCAUGAAACCGAGGAAGAUGAUCCAGACUGGGAUGAUGUGACCAUGCUGAUAGGAUCCGAGAUUGUACGAUCAGUCAGGAAUGCAGUAUGGGAGAAUCUCAGCUAUACCUGUUCCGCAGGACUUGGCCGUAACAAAAUGAUCGCCAAACUUGGAAGUGCUUGCAAUAAGCCGAAUCUACAGACCAUUGUGCGGAAUCGGGCGGUACAGAACUUCCUAGGCGGUUACAAGUUUACUCAAAUCAGAAUGCUCGGUGGUAAACUCGGUGAUCAAAUUACCGCCGCUUUCGGAACAGAGAAAGUCAGCGAGCUACUUGAUGUCCCGCUUGAGCAAUUGCGCACCAAACUGGAUGACCACACGGCAUCCUGGCUCUACGGCAUCAUCCGUGGUGAUGAUCGCAGCGAAGUCAACCCUCGAACCCAGAUUAAAUCCAUGCUAUCGGCGAAGUCUUUUCGACCGAGCAUCAACUCAGUUGAUCAAGCCGAGAAAUGGCUUCAUAUCUUCGCGGCUGAUAUAUAUGGUCGGCUCGUGGAAGAUGGCGUGCUUGAAAAUAGACGUCGUCCAAGAGUGAUUACGAUGCACCACCGAAUUGUACAAUCUCGUUCUCGUCAAAUUGCAAUCCCAGGCUCUAAUGCAAUCACUGAGAACCUCCUGUACGAUCUAGCCAAUAAUUUGCUUCGCCAAGUGGUGGCCGAUGGACAGGCAUGGCCCUGUUCCAACCUAUCAUUAAGUGUCUCAAGCUUCGAAGAUGGCGUGAGCAACAACAAGGCAAUCGAGGGAUUCCUGGUUCGUGGCGAUCAGGCCAAGGCUCUAGCCCAUUCUUCAAGGCAUCGAGAUGUCGAUAAUACCCUCACCGAACAAGGCCCGACUGAAAAAAGACGAAAGCUUGACGCCAACGGGGGUAAAAUCAAAAGCUUUUUUGGCAAUCCAUCUCAUUCUGAGGAUAUUAUCACAGUAGAGGCAGAGAUCCCGCAACUGGACUCUGAAAUAAGCGGAAUUCCUCAGUUUAUAUGUCCACGGUGCUCCAAGUCUAUGCUUGAGUAUGAAAAAGAAGAACAUGAUGAUUGGCAUUUUGCCAAGGAUCUCGCAAAUCAGGACAGAGAGGAGGCGAAGGUCUCACGGCCACUACCUUCCACAAAAAGCAAUGCCCGGGGUACAACUACUCGUGGAAGGGGUGGCCGUGGCGGUGGGAGCAAGCCCGAGAAGGGACAGAUGCGACUCGCAUUUCAAUAA